AUGGAGGUCGCCGACUCCGAGGCGCUGGAGAAGAAGCUGCGUGCCCGACAACGUGGAUUGUUCCGCCAAAAGGCGCCGACCCCGCCGGGAGAGCCGGCGCGUCGCAACUUUGAUCCCGACGACUCGGGACGCGAUCGUCCGCGUUGUCACCACUGUGGUUCUCGUCGCCAUGCUGAGGGAGACUGCUGGAAGUUGUUGACGUGUCAGAAGUGUGGUGGCCAGCACCCGACGGAGCGAUGCUUGAGAGUGUGUAAGGCCUGCGGUGACGUACACGAAGCCGGAGAAUGCCCGAUGGAGGAGUUCUUCAACCAAUUGCGCCAGUGGUUUGACCCGAAUAAGCACGCGGGAAUGCUGCCGCUGACCGCCGAGAAGAUUGAGAACCCGACUUCCCUGAACGAUAAUACAUGUGAAUCCAACCUGGAACGUACCACGCGAGAACGCGCGCCGCGAAUCUCGGCGGUCCGACGUACGACGGACGACGCGUUUGCACGUGAACCACCCCUGGACGAGGUCGACUUGCAACCAGGAGAGCGACGCGGAUACUGGAAACAUUACGCGCCGCACAAGUGGUACAAGCAGGCCAAAAUGCAUGGAAAGCUGAACAACCACCGUGCUGUGUUAUUGCUCGACACAGGUGCCGAAGUGUCCAUCCUGGACACUACCUUUGCUCGUGAGAACCAGAGUCAAGAUUACCUUGGCUGGGAACUUGGUGUACUACAUGCACGUGUCGGCGACUUGGUCUGUGAACACGCAAUCCUGGGAAUGAACUUCAUGGUGCCAGGUGGAGUGCGCAUCGACACUGCGGACGGCACGGCGUGCCUCCCCGACGAGGUGCACAUCCAGAUGAUCGGACGAAGACCACUUUACGGUGCACGGAUGCACCCGGCCAACCUCAAGACGCCUGUGAGGCUCGAACCAGGGGACACGCAUGAAGUCUGGCUGAUGCCGGAUCGAAACGCGCCGUUCCUGUGGGUAACGCGGGCAGAAUCGUGGGUGACUACCUCUGUCAAGGGGAGAGUCGGAAGGAAGACGUACCUACGUGUCACGAACAUCGGAGACGCAGCGAUAACCCUCGCCUCGGAGCCGUGGGUUUGUCCGACUGGGCUCCCCUCGGUACCAGCAGUGGCAGAAUUUGGCGUACGGCGCGACGCGGAGGAGAACUGGAUCCCAGCCGAGCUCGACGGACCGGUGACGGAUCACCCCUCAUACCCGACGCCUAAAGCCAUCUUGCGCCCGGAGCCGAGACAACUCGGGAUGCGACGCGCCGUGACCCCAGUGUUGGCGGCUGUCGCGGAAGCGCCGAAGGGAAGUGGGAAUACGGACGAGGAAGCGGUGGAAGUUGAACCCGAUGGGCCUCCGAAUGUGGCUGGAAGCGCUGUGAUGGAGGAAUCGCCUGAGUCAAAACUCGCCGAGCCAAAACUCGACGGACCAAAACCCGCCGAGCCGGAACUCGACGAGGCGGAGCCGGAUGAGCAGGAGGAAGACGAUGCGGUCCUCAUCCACGAGGGGUCCGACCUCUUCGCCGAGGAUCUCGAGUCAGAGAUGGCAGUGCUGCCAGACCUCUCGCUGACCGCCGAGGUGAAGAUCGAGGACUUGAAGGUCGGCAUGCCGACUGGACUCCCACCCCAGGAAGCCGCGAGACAAGAAACGCGGCUACGCCAAAUCAUCUGGAAGCGACGGAAGUGGUUGAUCGGCAAGGGCAACGCCUUGCCGCCAGCCGCCCUGGGGGUUGUCUGCGACAUCGACGUGGGCGACGCAAAAUCCGUCGCGCAACGCGUCCGGAAAAUCCCGCCACAGUUCCGAGAGAAGGUCGCCGACUUGAUCAAGGGGCUGCUGAGCGCGAGGAUGAUCCAGAAGUCGAAGUCACCGUGGGCGUCGCCCAUUGUCGUGAUCAUAAAGAAGAACGGCGUCGAUAUCCGGCUCUGA